AUGAAGAUGUGUGGGGUUUUUCAUGUCUGCAAAUUAGUUUUAGAAAGAGAAUCUUAUGACAGCGGUUCUAUUCCUCUACACCGGUCACCAUGA